UCUCUCCCUCUCUGUUCCAGCUUCUCAAAUUGCAACCUGUGCCGUCAUGCGGACUUCCUGGUCUCGAACCAACAGGAGUCCAAGCAGCGCGUCACGUGUCUACCUUCGCUGAACUUUGACGUUGAUCGUCUUGUGUCAGCCUCGGACCUCAACAAAGGGCAGCAGUGAAAGGUAAACUAUGGGUCGCCUGGAUGGGAAAGUGAUCGUGUUGUCCGCCGCUGCUCAGGGGAUUGGACGUGCUGCAGCAAUAGCAUUUGCUAAAGCGGGAGCUCAGGUCACAGCAACGGACAUAAAUGGAGCGAAGCUGAAGGAGCUGGACGGCGUUCAAGGGAUCAGGACAAAAGUGGUGGAUGUGACUAAGAAGGACCAAGUAGAAGCCCUUGCCAAAGAACAUGAGCAUGUCGAUGUCCUGUUCAACGUUGCUGGGUUUGUGCAUCACGGCACCAUCUUGGACUGUGAGGAGGAUGAUUGGGACUUCACGAUGAACGUGAAUGUGCGGAGCAUGUACCUGAUGUGCAAGGCGUUCUUGCCUAAGAUGUUGGCAAAGAAGUCGGGAAACAUUAUUAACAUGGCAUCUGUCGCAUCAAGCAUAAAAGGUGUUGUUAACCGGUGUGUCUAUAGUACCUCGAAGGCUGCAGUGAUUGGGCUCACCAAAUCCAUAGCAGUGGAUUUUGUUGCGCAAGGCAUUCGCUGUAACUGUGUUUGUCCCGGGACUGUUGACACUCCAUCACUGAGGGAUAGGAUCCAGGCUCAGCCUGACCCAGAACAGGCUUACAGGGACUUUAUGGCAAGACAGAAAACUGGCAGAAUUUGCACUGCUGAAGAGAUUGCGUACCUGUGUGUAUACCUGGCCUCAGAUGAGUCAGCCUACGUGACCGGGACAGAGCACAUCAUCGAUGGAGGAUGGAGCCUGUGAAGAAACAGUGGCAAGCGCAUCACUACAGUAAUGGAGGCCAAACCCUGGAUUCAAAUCAAGUUUUCACAGAUGGAUAGUUUUUACAUUUU